AGCGGAGCCACUUCGCGAAGGAAGCGACGCCCAAGCCACACUCCGGAGGAGCCGCACUGCCAGAGAACCUCAGCCACACACACGGUGAGUCCUCGUCUCCCCUCCCCACGCGUCAUCUCACAUCCCCAUCUCUCUUGGUCUCCGUUUGUCCUGCUCCUCCUAAGUUUCCCAGGACGCUUCUCCUCUCCAUCUGCUAAAAGCCCCCUCUUUAGGGUUUCAACUCGACUGUCUUUCGCUUUCCAAUCUCAUCGGUGCUUAAAUCUGCGGAGAUUUUUUUUUCCCUUUCGGGGUUUCCCCUCUUUUCUCCACGCGUCAAAGAUUUGACGUGUUUCCAAGGCUUCUUGCAACUUUUUCUCCGCGCGCUCCUCCUUCGCGUUAGAGUUUGCUCCGGGAGAAGGCUGCCAGCCUGCACCCACUUCCUCGGGAGUAAGCCCCACUGGGAUCAACGGGACUCACUUUUGAGUAGAUCGGUGGAUAGGGUUGUCCCACAGAAUUCUAGUCCUUAAUGGCCCCAGUCGGUUUGAAAGUUCUCCGUCGCCAUUGCUGGAUUUUAAACAAAUUCCCUUUGUGAAAAUAACUUUUUCCUUCCCACGUUUGCCUGCUUUUCAGGGAUUGGAGUUCCCUUCCUAUGGACACUGGCUGUUUGAGCCGUUUCACUGGGAAAGGUGAUGAUGAACCACUAGGAGGAACACGAAUGGUUGAUCUGGGGCAUAAUAACAUUUGGAACCCAUCAAUUGUUGUCUAUUGUCUUCUAGUUCAGUGGCAGAGCAAAACACCUGCUUUUUCCACAAUGCUGAGCCAGAGGAACCAAUAGUUCUUCCCCACACUGCUUAUUACAAACAUAAACUCGCUUCUCCAAAGGAAAAAAACUUGCCAGUUCAGUGGGGUUUGUUCCUUUUUCUAAAGGAACCUUGGGGAAAGAUUGUUGGGAUUUCCAUGAUUGAUUGAUUGAUUGAUUUUUAAGAGAGAAUUUAAGAGAGACUAUAAAAUAAACUAAAACCAGAAUGUUGACUUGGAGCAAGGAUGUGAAAGCUGUUAAGCUUCCUAGAUUUUUUCUUUACUCAGCAGAAAUAAAAGAACGACUUACGAACUCUGUAAAAUCCUUUGAAGCUUUAAUUAACAAACAAACGUACAACCAAAAGGAAUGUCGUCUAAUAUUGAUUCUAAAUAUGGGAAAUACAGGGCUGAAUUUAGUUUGCCUUGCUCCGACCUGCUCCCAGAAUCCAUUUUCAACACCACCACGAUGCAGUCUUGGAGCAUGUCCUGAGUCAUUAAUUUUAUUUAGCUAUUUAAAAGAUGUCUAUGCCCCCUUCAUUUUUUUCCCCAGUGAGGGGCACAGUGCGGUCGGUUCAAACCAUAAAACCUACAAACCACACUUAUCCUUCCCCAUUAAGAAACUACAAACAAUUGGCACACUAGGUGGUCAUUUAGCUUGUUCUCCAAGCAGACCUAACUCCCAGCAAGUCUUGCUUUGAAGAAAUUUAGCCAAGGACCUACAAUAUUCAAUACAUCAGAGUAGUUUUGCUAGUUGAUGGGUUCUUCCGAUUACAACAAGGGACUGGGGACCACCCCUUUCACUGUCUUUUUGCCCCUGCCCCCAAAACAAUGGUUAGCGAGAAACAUUUAAUGUGAUGCUUUCUGCCUUGCCUUGCCUCACCCUUCCACCCGGCAUCCUUCCCUUGUAUUCUACAGAUGCAAGGGAUGAUGCGGUUGUGGCUGUCUGCGAUGACGCUUGCCCUGUGCCUGCUGAUCUGCCUGGGGACUCUGGCAGAAGCAUAUCCAUCCAAACCGGACAGCCCUGGCGAGGAUGCUCCUGCAGAAGACAUGGCCAGAUACUACUCGGCACUGAGGCAUUACAUCAACCUCAUCACACGACAGAGGUAGGUGCCAAAAGGGGGCAUCGCCACCGUCACUCUGGGCGGCAAGAGCGACGUCAUGGUUAAGGACACCUACCACGUAUCACAGAUCCAUUAUACGACUGCCGGAUGCGAUACAAUGUUAGUUCUUCAUCAUGAGUUUCGUCAGGGGUGGCUAACCUGUACCCAGCCUCAAAUGUUUUCGCAUCCUCGCUCCCAUCAGCUCCCAUCAGCAUUGUCAGUGGUCAGGGAUGAUGGGAGUCGUCAUCCAACGUGAUAAGGAGGACCAUAGGUUAGCCAUCCCUGAUUUAUAGCCUGCCCAAUUCCAGAAUGUGCAAUGCACGUAGGAAAAUCUACAUAUUUGAAGGGCUCCCAGCCUCAUUCUAGUGCAGGCACCCCCAAACUUGGCCUUCCAGAUGUUUUGGGACUACAACUCCCAUCAUCCUUAGCUAACAGGACCAGUGGUCAGGAACGAUGGGGAUUGUAGUCCCAAAACAGCUAGAGGGCUGAGUUUGGGGAUGCCUGUUCUAGUGGCACACCCACUCAUCCUGCAUGGAAAUAUAAAAAUGAAAAAUGCAGCCUAUUGCUUAUUUUUUACCUUGAAUUGCUAUUAGGUCCUACUUUGUUGUGUAGAAAGGCAGUAUUAUUACUACUAUUAUUACCAUUGCACAUUUGUCACUACUGCAGCACUAUGGCAGGGCAAGCUGCACCUGGUGAACAUCUUCCCUUCUACUCAACAAUUAAAUAAAUGCAUAGGAUCCUAGAACCUAUAGCAAUCUCAGGGGUGUUUGCAUACUUGCUAUUUGCUCAUCCCUUUCCUUCUGGGAAUCCAGAUGUGGUUCAUUCCUAACUGUUGUAUUCAUGCAUUUUUUCUAUUAUCACCCUAAUCCUUCCUCGGUCCUAAUAGUGAUCAUCUGUUGCAAUUUAAGCAGACAGCUGUUCCUCAUAGUUGCAAUGCAAUAGUUCAGGUGCAAAGCAAUGCUAUUAUUUCUCUCUCAGUGGAUGUGCAGUUGGUGCUGAUGAUGAUAACUGGGUAAUCUCACCCCUCAAGGGGCAGCUGAUGUUUCAUUUUCACUUCAUUUCACAUUUAAUUUGUAUACUGCCUUUCUAUGUUGCUAUACUCAAGGCAGUUUACAAAAAACAAAUGAUCACACACUUUAUGAUAAUUUGUUCCAAUACAAAAAAUGUUGUAAUAAAAACACAAUAAGCAACUUAUAUCAAAUAAAGUAAUAUUCAAUAAUCCAUCAGAAUAUAAAAGUAGCCAAUAAAAAUAACUCUCAAAAUACCAGCAAAUAAUAAUGACACAGAAAUCCACUCUUAACCAUUACAUUGCAUAAUUACUAAACAAUAAUCAAUAAAAAUAACUGCGUCACAAUGCACAAAACCCCCCACAAUACAUACAAAACCAUGUAAAUAUGUAAAUGGAUCAAAUUGAGAAACAAAGACACGCACUUUAAGAAAUUAUUUUUAACCUGGAGCUUCCCAGAUGUUGUUGGAUCAUCCCUGACCAUUGGCCAAGCUGGAGAGGGCAGAUGGGUGUUGAAUUCGCACAUCUGGAGAGUACCAUAUUGGCUACCCCUGGUGUUCACCAUGGGAAGCAAAGCCUCUUCCAAAACACUGUCAUCUUCUAAAACUCCCUCCCCCUUCAUUCCAGCUUAAUGGAGGUAUCUAUAAAUGUAAGGACUAGAAGCCUGAGACUUGUUGCAGAAAGUGCAGCACAGGAUAUUUGUUCCAUACGUUCAUAAUUUGAAUAAACAAUUAUAGGCGUGGACGGUUUAAUGUUUCAUGUUGAAAAAAUGUCAUUUAGCAACCUCUCUGGGAAGCUGGUCACAAGAGCAUGCAUUAUAGAAAUGCUUCAUUCAUUCUCCAAUGACACUUAUUCCCCGCCUGUGUUCCUAUAGUAGAGGAGCCUUAUGUUGCCUUAGAUCCAGCAGGUUCAGAAACUUGAUCCAUUCAGUCAAACAGUUCAAACCUUUUUGUUUAAGCAAACGGUAGAUUUUUUUUAAUAAAAAAGGUUUAGUUUAGUUUUUUAAAAAAACAACAAUUUUGGAUUAUAUAUCCCUUUUUCUGAUGCACUUAUUGGACUAUUUUGGAUAAAUUUUGUAUUAUAUUUUAUAGUAAUUAAUGGUUUCAUUGUUCUCCACUUUUAAAGCAUUUUUUGUUAAAAAGUGGAUUUUUUAAAAAUGGAAGGAGAAGAAAUUAAAUAUCUUAAGUUACGGGCCUUUAGAAUGUAUGUAUGAUAAAGAUUAGGCUGGAAUAUCCUUUUAGGAAAGGGGGAAAAAAGAUUGCAUCCUGGUCGAUGGGAGAGAGAUAUUCUUCUAUCGCAUCAAUUUCAGAGUUCAAAUAAAAACUAAAAUUCCGAGGAAUAAUCUCUCCAUUUGGAUGCCCACAAUAACUUAAUUCAAAUGGUCAUUAGAUGUUGUCCCAUUUAGUCCCAGAAAGUGAUUACAACACAGUCCAGGUUUGGUUCAUGUCCUAAUUGAGUUACUAUUCAAACCAGAGGAGAUAGUUUUAAUUAGGUUGCCACUGGUUCUGUGCUCUCACAGUUGGGGGGGAUUGAAUUAGAAGGCAGAAUGAUCAUUUCAUCUUGUUAAAGACGCCUUAGCAAACUGGUAACUUAGUGUCUGUGCAAUAAAAUAUGCCCCCCCUAAACCCCCCCCCCGAUGAAGAGCCCACUGGAAAGGCCUUUCAUCAAAAGGAGUUUAAUGGCAUGUGCUCACAAGAAUAAGUCUACCGUGUGAGCCAAUGGACUUUAGAUAUAACAAGCACAAUUUCCAGUAAUCGUUGCAAUUUUUUCAGGUAUAUUUACUAUUGCCUGUAUUCACUCGUCCUUUUAUUUUUAUCACAUCUCUCCAUGUGUUCAUACAAAGAGCAAGUCAGGAUUGUUCUUCUGGACAAUCCAGCCUUGUGUGAAAUUCCAGCCCUUUGUAGGGUUUGGUACUUGAAGAGCUCCCCCCAAAAAGAGGAUCAGAUUGUGGUACUGUAAGAAAAUUGCAUAUAUGCCACACACUGGAAUUGUGGGUGAGAGAGAAAUUCGGUUCAUAUUUUAAUGCAAAUCUACCUGAUUCACAUUUCCGAAAGCAACACGUGAAUUGAAAUGUAGCUAUCCUUUGAAAUGUGAUUUUUUAAAAAAGGAUUUUGCAAUGCCAAAACACGUACCUGAAAAUGAGUGUAUUAGGUGAGAGUGUGCAUAAACACGCAUAAACACGAAAAAAAGCUUACAAAAUUGCAUCAUAUUAGGGAAAACUGCAUACAAAAAUGUGUAUAUUAGGAGAAAGGCACAUCGAAUGUGUUGACGAAAAUAUUUGCCAGACUGAUGCAGAAAUGUGGUGGACAGAACAUAAUAGUGGAAAAAUUAGGAACACAGAGAAACUGAAAUUGACCGAUUUGUCCAUCUCUGGUCAGAAGAGCCAGCUCCCCGUCACUGUGUGUGUUGUGAAAAAAAUGAGAAAUGAAGGAAGAGAAAAGGAGCUAACUGUAUUUUUUUAUUAACUUGAAAAAGGAAUACUGCACAGCAUUUUAAUACUAGAUAAGGAACCAUUCCUUAAUAAGGAACAAAUAGCAAAGCAUUUAGAAGCGAUGGAAUAAGAGCUGUUCAACAGUGGAACUGACUCCCUUGGGACUCUCCUUCCUUGGAGAUUUCUAAGCAGAGGUUGGAUGGUCAUUUGUCAUGGAUGCUUUAGUUGAGAUUCCUGCAUUGGAGGGGUUGAACCAGAUGACCCUUAGGGUCCCUUCCAAUGUUACAAUUUUAUGAUUCAGAUUAAUUGAUUCCACAUCAAAGUGCCAGGCAUAAGAAGAGGACGAAGUGGGAAAAUGUGUUUCCACCAGUAUAUUUUGUCUAUUAGACCACUUCUACAGAAGACUUGGGGGGGGGGGAAUGCCCUUAGCUUACCGUUCACAAUUUUUGCCGUAUAUAAAUAUUAAUCCUGGAUAGAAAACAGGCCGUUUUUUUCAAGUGAAAUGUACAUUACAACCAGCGUAAGUUGUACAUUUCCAUUACGGAACAAUUGAAACAAAACCUGAUUUAAGCCUUGCAUGUGAAAAGGUUUUAAGAGAGGAUGGAAUGUACCACUUUUCAACAAAGAACACCCAUAAGGCAAACAAGAAACAAAUGGGAAUACCAAACCUCUGUCUGUUUCAAGCCCUCAUCUCCUUUUGUAGAAGAAGACACAAGCUGGAGGAGAAAGAUCCAUGCCUUGCUACGCAAAACAGGAUCUCAGCCCUGUGUCCCUCUGUUCCUUUGAUAGGAUCCAAGUGAACAGGCUACAAGGUUUGGGGCUUUGUAGAAAAAAGGAGAGCAAAGGUGGAUGUGACUGAUGUUUGCCAAAUUGUGCAUAGCGUAGGGAAAGCAGAAUGGGAGACAUUUUUCUUCCUCUCACAUAAUGAACAUAAUGAACAGCCCAGAUCACUCAACGAAGCUGAAUGCUGAAAGACUGAGGGCAUAGUUGAGCUAUGGAAUUCAUUGCCACAAGAUGCAGUGAUGGCUGCCAACUUUGAUGGCUUAAAAAAAAGGCACUUGGAAAACUUCAGGAGGUGGGGGGCGGGAUCAGGCUUUCAAUGGUGACUAACCAUGAUGGCUAUAUACCGCCUUCAGUGUUGAAGGUGGUAUCGUGAUGACAAGAUCCUGAGUGGGAGAGUGCCACUCUGCUCAAGCCCUGCUUAUGGGCUUCCCAUGGGUGUUUGGUUAGUAGAUGCGAAAGCAGAUUGCUGGACUUGAUGGGCCCUGGUCUGAUUCAUCUCUCAUCUGAGUGUUUCCCACAGUGGGAGAUGAUUCAACAGAGAGAGGGGAGAAGCUGGCUUUCCAACCAUCCUCUGUGCCUUGUUUGGUUUCUAAGAAUCACCUAUACAGGCUUAGGGCUGUAGUGUUUGAGGAACAGCCAGACCAGCAACAUACAGAAAUUGUCAGGAGUUCAGCCUACACUUGAGUAGGACCCUGGCAGAGAUACAUGCCUGACUGGCAUGUUCUCUCCCUCCUGGUCUUUCGUUCGGGAGCUUCAAAAGCUUUCUUCAGCCCAAACAUCACGGCGACCGAUGCCUACCGACACUGGCACACUUAGGGAUCCACAGAGUUUGCGCAUCAUGCGUGACAGACCUCAGCAACUCAGCAUUUUGGCUACUCUAUUUUAUUUACAUAUAAACACACACGGAGCACUGCAACAUGGCUCCCUCUUUCUCUAGCAUCAGACAGCAAAGAGAAAAAGAACAAAGGACAAUAGUCCCACUUCACUGAACACAGUAACACAAACAUCCUGUCUCCGUCACUUCCCACUCUAUGGAAUCAAAACAUAUACCGUCAUGUGAAAGACAACAAUCCCAUGACUGCAGCCAUGGAGCAGGAAUUCUAACAGAAAUAACCCAUUUAAUCCCCAUAAUGCAGGGCCUUCUGGUGUGUACAUUGUGAACGUACCCUCUGAGGGAUUUCUAUGUGCCAAAUAUCUUACACCAUGAGAAAGAUCUCAAAAGCGUUUCUUACGACAGAACAUUCAAACACCCCUUACCAGCAACAAGAAGAGUGUGUGUGUGUUGGUCUCCCCCCCCCCCCCAAAAUCCCACACUGGUAGAUUUUUGCAGCUCCAAAGCUUUGCUUUCAGCCCUGCCCACAGCUUCUUCCUUCUCCCCAUGUGACAUGGCUCAGCAGCACUCUAGCAGUUCAUGAAACUCCAGCAGUGCCUGUCAGUGAUGUUAGAUUUGUGAUGUCGGCUGCGUUCACACCACACAUUCAAGGCCUAUUUAAAGCACAUGUUUUCUGCGACAUAAUGUAUAUUUGUGUGUUGCGACAUGCAUUUUUGUGCUCCCUCCCUCCUGAUAUAUGCACAAUCUUGUGCCUGUCUUUGGGUUGGAGAACUGCACCAUAACAUUCAGAGGAGAGAACAUAAGAAGACCCUGCUGGAGUAGGCCAAUGGCCCAUCUAGCCCCACAUCCUUUUCACACAGUGGCCAACCAAACGCCUGUGAGAAGCCCCCAGGCAAGACCCAGCCAUAGGAGUACUCUCCACUUCUGUGGUUUCCAGCAACUGGAAUUUAGAAGCUUUGCUGUCUCAGACAGUGGAGGCAGAGUGUGAACUGGAAAGCACAGCUGCGUCACAUUCAGUUGGCCUGUUGGUUCAGGAACUGUGAAUUGCAUAGUGAAGCGAACCAAAUUUCGCCCCGAUCCCUGGCAAUUGUUCCACAAAUAACAUGACCAUCUGAAUCCACCUCUAGCAAAAGCAUCUUGCCACCAUUGGUUCUUCUUGGAAAACUGAACUAGAGAUCAAAACAGUCUUUGGCUGCCAUCCUAAGCAGCUACAUACCUCGAAGGAGUAAACACCAUGGAAUUCAAUAGGACUUCCUCUCGAGUCAACAGACAUAGGGUCAGUUAGGGUUAUUCACUCAUGAUAUGAUGUAAAAACAAACAAACCACAGGCAAAGGUAGGUUUCCAGUUUUUUCUUUUAAAAAUAGUUCCAUAAGACUCCUUGUUGAACCAGGCAGAGGGCCUUCUCAGUAGUGGUGCCCGCCCUGUGGAAGGCCCUCCCUUCAGAUGUCAAGGAAAUAAACAUCUAUCUGACUUUUAGAAGACAUCUGAAGCCCUGUUUAGGGAAGCUUUUAAUGUUUGAUGUUGUUGCUUUUUUAUUAUUGUUAUUGGUGUUCUGUUGGGAGCCGCCCACAGUGGCUGGGGAAACCCAGCCAGAUGGGCGGGGUAUAAAUAAUACAUUAUUAUUAUUAUUAUUAUUAUUAUGCUAAAAAUUAUCUCAUGGUGAGGGGGGAAUUCUAGAGAACACAUCUGUUUUGGGACUGCAAGAUGCAACCUAACAAAUGAAGCAAGUCUCAUGGUAUUAGAGCUGUUUUUCUCCUUUUAAAUUGGGGUCCUGGUUUAUGGCAUUCAAGCAAGAGUGGGUGGCAAUUUUGCUUGAAUUCCAUUAUAUUUACUGCAGCUGAAUCUCCUCUUUAUUGUGAAAGACAUCAUCCAGAAGUACUAUUAAUUGACAUCAACGAGGGUUUUGGCUUAUAAUGGGCAGCAGGAUCAGAGUCUUAAUUUGGUAAACUAAUAUAAAAAGCCCAGGCAUUUUCCUUAAGGAUAUUAACUCAUUCUAUCGCUGAAGCUCUGGCCAUGUCUCAAUUCACUGGAGAAAGGAAGCAGAAGCAAGCCUCAGAUCAUUUGGGGCUAGAGAACAUUUGAGUUUAGCAUUAUGCUUCAUUAAAUUAUUGUAUGGGUGGUUGAUUAAAGCAGCUGGUUCUCUUCAGAUUCUUCACUUCAGAAAUGCUUUGUCUGUAUGGCAUAAAGAAAUCUCAUUGGCCAAAUGCAAAAGGGAAUGCCUUUGUUAUAGUGAAGCUAGUAUGUACAAUUGCAAUGGGGAAAAUGAGUUUUUAAAAAAUAAUAAUACUGAAAAUAGGUUAUUGGAAGCGCAGGAAGAAGACUUAUUAUACUGAGUCAGACCACUGGUCCCUGUGGUUCAGUAUUAUCUGCUACCCAGACUGACAGUGGCUCUCCACGGUUUCAGAUAUAAGCUUCCCAUUGGCUGCAGGAGCUUUCUGCGCUCAAGCAGAAACCGUGUUGGAUGUUCGGCUUCCGGAAAAUGUUCACAAACAGGAACACUUACUUCCGGGUUUGUGGUGUUUGGGAGCUGAUUUGUUUGGCAACUAUGCCAUUCAGGAACAAAGGUACCACCGUAGGUCUUUUUGAGCCCUACCUAGCAAAGUUGGGGAUUGGAUCUAGGACGUUUUUCAAGCAGUGCAUGUGCCCUAUCACUGAGCUAUGGGUCUUCCUGUGGCAUUAACAUGGUCGUGUCCAUCAAUGGUCAAAUGAGACAAGCAGGGGAUGUUUAUCACCAUCUUGUCCUGUUUUCGAGCUUCCCAGGAUUUUCUGACUGGGAUAUUUUUUUAAAAUCCUCUGGAGACAGUUUGUUGGGCUUAGUUAGACUUUGUUCUACAGUACCAUGGGAAUUCUAAUACAGUGGUACCUCCGGUUGCAGAUGGGAUCUGUUCUGGAGGUCCCAAGGUUUCCACAACCUGAGGACCGCUUCUGCGCAUGCACGCACGGCAAAACCUGGUGAAAUAAUUUCGGGUUUGCCGCUUUCACAUCCCGAAGUUUACGUAACCGAAGGUACCACUGUACAUGUUUAAUAAAUUGUACUUCUGCCCUCUCAGGUAUGCCACACUAUACCCCCCCUCCAAAGUCUAGAGGGUUUUAAAAUUAUGUCUUUCAGCCUCUGCUCCCUCUCUGGAAAAUAGGAACUUUGGUUUCUGUAAGGCUGAAUGAUAUAUGGCAUACAUAUUACUUUUAGUAACACACUCAAAACCUAACCUGGCUCCCUCCCUCCCAGGCUUGUUGUGAGGAAGAUGGAAUUAUGUGAUCAGCCUGGGCUCCUUGAGGGAAGGAUGGGUUUGGGGUUUUUUUAACGCAACAAAUAAAACAGGGCAAAUAUGUUCUAAUAGAAGUGAGCAAUAGCUCAGUUGGUUAGAGCAUGGUGCUGAUAAUGCCAAAGUUGCAGGUUUGAUACAAUACGAUAAUCUUUAUUGUCACUGUCCCAUACAGAACAACAAAAUUGAAAAAAUCUACACCAGUCAUUCAAACACCAACAAGCCUGCUAUCCCAGCUAUCCCAGCCUGGUUAACCCCCUAAAAACUCUGAUACCCCAUAAUUAAAUACAAUAUACUCCCGCAGAGACUACCUUACACUGCGUUUAAAACCAAAAUCGUGUUUGGAUAAAAACUGUUUCUCAGGCAGCUAGUCCUAGUCUUUAUAGCCCUGUACCUUCUUCCAGAAGGCAGAAGCUGAAAGAGAUCAUUUCCAGGGUGCAUACCAUCCUAUUCUCAUAUGGGACAGCUGCAUAUUCCUUCACUGCAGGGGGUUGGACUAGAUGAUCCUCAGGGUCCCUUCCAACUCUACAGUUCUAUGAUUUUGAAGCAGCUGCUUCACGCAGCCACUGCUGGAAAGUGGAGAACAGCUGCAAGAUGGUGGAGGAGCUGGGAGAGUCAUGUGCAGGGCCAGCCCAAGACAUUUUGGCACCGGGGAGAACCACAGAAUGCCACUCCCCUCCCCUGCCAGUUUAGUAAGAGGGAGGCGAUGGCGUUGAAGAAAGUUUGCUUUAUCUGAGAAAAGUACAAAGCCAGCCUUCUGAAUGCAACUCCCAACACUGUGUAGCCCUCCCAACACUCUUCGCAGUCUGUAUUCCUCACACAAUGAAGCACACAAAAGUCAAGGUGUAGGGUUUUGUGCCCUCUGGAAAUUUCAAGCAGUUACAUUUUUUAGCAUUCCAAUUGUUAUGUACCAAGGUUCAUUGUGAAUUUUAUCUGCGUGAGUUAGAUGCUUUCAGUUUUUUCCUCUGUCUGUUUCACGUCUUUGAACAAAGUGUCCCUUGUUGAAUAAGGUAUUGUCUUUUUUUAAAAAAAACCCCUCUCUUUUACCCAUCACUCCCGCACUAAAAAAUAAAUAAAUUCAGCUCUAUAGGGGAUUAGACCAAGAAAAUUGAUAAGUGGUUUUAGUCAAUGAUUUUUUUUCUAGAAAUAUAAAUGCUGGUACUUACCAUGAAGUUGUUACAGUAAGUGCUACACGUUUAACCAGUGCUUUUCAUCUCAAAAAAAAAAAAAAGGUGCCAGUACUGCGUACCCUUGAAUACACCCUGAAAAAAAGCACUGUUUUUUAGUAAUGCAUGACUUCUCUUCUGCACAGUACCCAAUGCAUUGUUAGCAAGCUAAAAUAGCUGCCCCACCAGCAAGUGUAAUUCAAAGAAGCAAAACUCAAAUUAGUUGACUUGCACUAACUCUUUAGCCAUGCUCACCACACCAGGAUAACAACAAAACUGAAAGUGCAGAUUAUUGGAACCAACUUGAUAACAGCUUGUGACUUGUGGGGAAGGGUGGAGAAGAAAGCACAAGAGUUCAAUGCUACGGCCAGGAGGCUAUUGCUGUGGCUUCACCCCACCAGAUGAUCCUCUUCUGGUCUAGCAACAUCUGGGUGGGCAUCUGCUCUGCGGUCUCAGUCAGGGGUCUUUCACGUUGGUUGCUACCUGAUCCUUUUAGUGGGGAUGCCAGGGAGAUGCCUACAAGCAGCAGAUGUGCUUCUACCACAGAACUAUGGCCUUAUGUGUGUUCACGCUGCAUUAUAUGGGAAAUUUGAGGAAAGUGCUGUGUGGUUGAAGCACCAGAUAACACAUUUGACUGGUUUAAUCCUUGUCAUGUUUUUACAUUGAAAUGUUUCAACUUAAUCUGUUUUUAAGAUACUUCUUUUUAAAAAACAAAACUGAUUUAACAGGUAUGGGAAGCGAUCCAGCCCAGAGACACUGCUCUCCGACCUCUUGUUGAGAGAAAGCACAGAAAAUAUUCCUAGAUCUAGGUAUGUAUAAAAGUCUUUUUGUGAUCAUUAUUGUCACUGAGUUGCUUAAGCCCUUGCUCUAAACUACCAACCCUUCUUUUUGUAAAAAAAUUUUUUAAAAAAAUUGAACAAAUAAGAGGUCAAUUUUUACUUUGCACAUUCUAGAACCGUAUCCAGUUCUGGACCCCUGCUUUAAAGCUAAAGGGCGGGCGGGCGGGGGGGAGUUACUAUAGAAUUUGUUGAAGUUUACAUUCAAAAAAUUUUACAUGCCAAAAAGUUUACAUAAAUCUUCAUCAAUGUGAGACCAAAUAGGAGGAUCAUGAUGAAUUACCCCACCCACAACAUUGCAUGCUUCUCCCCCAACAACCAUGAAUGCCUGUAGGGAAUCGGGACUUUGCAUGCAUAGUUGUUUGCACAAGGGUUCUCCAAGAUCUAGAAGCACAGGGUUCCAGAUCUCUGGGAAGCCUUCAUGCAUACAACAUAUACAUGCAGUGGUCUCCACCCUAUGUAUGACCAUGCUGUACACACAGUUGUUGAGGAAGGAACAUACAUUGUCCGAAGGGGGUCUACUCAACAUGACCUCACUCCUUGCUCCUAUGUCAGGCAUAGGCAAACUCGGCCCUCCAGAUGCUUUGGAACUACAACUCCCAUCAUCCCUAGCUAACAGGACCAGUGGUCAUGGGUGAUGGGAACUGUAGUCUCAAAACUUCUGGAGGGCCGAGUUUGCCUAUGCCUGUCCUAUGUUGACAAACAUUGAACCAAAUAAUGCCAGAAUAGAGCUAUAGAUACGAGAGAUUCUGCAAUUGUGGUACAAACGUACGGAGUGUUACACGAAGAACUGGGCUUUAAUGAAUUGUAAAUAUCUCCUGUCUCCCCCCCCCCCGAAUAUAAUUUCAUCCAAGCCAUCAUGCAUCUACCUUAUUCAAACAGGAUGAUGUUCUGCCAAAGCUAAGCCAGUGGGUUCAAUGGCUGAGAGCUAAGCAAGUGCUCAAGAAUUCUGUGAAAAACGCAUGUUUAAAAUUGGUUGAAUUUGAUUAACUUAAGUCCAUUGGUUUCAGUGGGUCUACACUAAGGAAGACUUAGUCAGAUACCAGCCAGUAGUGAGACUCACUUCAGAGCAAGGAACAAUCCGUUAUAAUAUAAUUCAACAGUUUUUACUCCAUCUCCUGCAGCUUGCACAUAAUCAAACUUUAAAGGCAAAACUAGAAUACUACACACACACACACGGAAUCCAAUUUUCAACACAUUGUUAACAAAAUAAUGUGAUUAUCUGCAACACAGACAGAGAGAAAUAAGUCUAGUCACCAAUUAAUAUGGUGAGCAAUGCUAUGUUCUAUUGGUCUUUUGAUUUCAAAUACAUUUGUUGUUUUUUGUUAUUUGUGUUGCUGACUUCUAUUUUUAUUACUUUUUUCCUUUUGUUGUUGGAAAGCCACUUUGGAUGGGAAUUGCCCUGAGAAGUGGCCUAUGAAUAUUUUAAAGUAAAUUAAAGAUAAAAAAGUAAGUUCCCAGGUGCUUUUCAGCCUUGUGGUCUUCUUCAAUAAAGCAAUGAUUUUACUGGAUUGGUUGCAUUACAGUGGGAUUAAAUUCAGACGCCUAAAUCAGAGUGGAGGACUCUCCUUUCCAGGAAGAAGGCACAUGAUAUAUAUGGGCAGGCAAUGUGUCUUCCAUGCCUUCCUAGGAAAUUAACACCAGAGCCUUCAGACACUCGGCUCAUCCUGUGUUGAACAGCAUCCUCCUCUGUGAAAGUUCUUCUUGGGCUCCUCAUCCAUCUGUCCCUGCAUCCAACAAAGCCAUUGUGUGAGCAAAACAUCUCCCCCUCACACCACAGAACUUCUUCUCCCUCUGUGUGCUACUGGACCCCAUGUGCUCUGGGUAUUCAUUAUUCGGUGUACAAAUCUCACUUGUAACCCUCCUUGUCUAUGAAUUGGGUUGCGCGUGGUGCAUAUGUCUUUGAGUGAACUUAUAGUAGUCCUGAAAAACAGUUUAAAUAUUUCUAUUCUCUCACUGACCACCAGGAUAUGUUUUUCUCUGUGCUACAGGUACGAAGAUCCUUCCAUGUGGUGAUGGGAAUGAACCAUCUUCAGUAUUUUUCCUAGUUUUCACUUCAUGUCCCAUUGCUAAGAAGACCAGCUGGGAGUAUCACACCCGCCAAAUGCAUGCAGCCAUCGUACUGAAUUCUGUAGUGUUCUCCCUUCCUUCUCCUUGUACAUACAUUUGUUUAAAUAAAUUACUUGUGCACUCCAAAUGGUAACAUUUUAAAUGUGUGUGUCAAAAAAAGGCCCAUUAUAAUGGGCAAGGGUUUCUUUUUUUAAAAAGCUAUUAAAACUGAGUUACAACCUCUUAACUGUCUCAAGUAGCAUGAACAACAAUCAGAGUACCAACUUCAGUACAGUAGUUGUAAAAAGUGACAUUUGUUUGACAAUUUUUUCUGGCCUUGGGACUCACUUUUAAUAUUUAUUUUAUAGAACAUUAUUUGUUCCAUUACAAUUAUUGCCCAUGAUGCAACUGAGAUAAAAAA